UUCAUAUCAGUAUUAGCAAUUAAGUAGUUCACUAUGAAUAAACAGCCUUUACAUCCGGAACCAAAGAAGUUCAAGAUCCCAAAGGGUCCAAAGCCCAUCGCCCAUAAGAAUAAAAAUCAGAUUGGGUUGGGUAGAACAAUUGCAAAUCAAAGAAAGAUGGAAAAUAAUAUUCAAUACUUACCAGAUGGUGAAAUGAGAUUCACAACUGAUAAAAAAGAAGCCGGUUGGGUGAAAUUAAGAUCCGUUACUCAAGAAAAUUCAUUGGAUGAAUUUUUGAAUACAGCCCAAUUAGCUGAUACCGAUUUCACUGCAGAGAAGGGCCAACAAGUAAAAAUUAUUAAAGUUGGUAAUACUGCUAUUAUGAAUCAAUCUGGAUUACUAAGUCAAGAAGAACUUUUAGAAAUCCGUAGAAAACAUCAACUUUUUGAAAAUAAAUUAGUUAUUCCAAGAAGACCUAAAUGGAAUAAAAAUCAACUGAAAUUACAAAUUGAAAGACAGGAAAAUUUAGCAUUCUUAGAUUGGAGACGUCAUUUAGCAGAAUUGACUGAAAGCCAUGAUUUGUUAUUAACUCCAUUCGAAAGAAAUUUAGAAGUUUGGAGACAAUUAUGGAGAGUUGUUGAAAGAUGUGAUUUGGUGGUUCAAAUUGUUGAUGCAAGAAAUCCAUUAUUUUUUAGAUCUAUUGAUUUAGAAAAAUAUGUUGAUGAUUCUAGUAAACCAAAUGAAAAUAAUGCUAAGAAGAACUUAUUAUUAGUUAAUAAAGCUGAUUUAUUAACUAGACCACAAAGAAUAGCCUGGGCGGAUUAUUUCAAGACUAGAAACAUUAGUUUUGCUUUUUUCUCAGCAGCUGAAGCUAAUGAAAUCUUAGCUAAGGAAUUAGAAGAACUCGAACAACAAAAGCAGGAUCCAAAUUAUACUCCUUCCGAAAACAAUGAAAAACAGCCUGUUGAUAAUGAAACUGAUGACUCUAUUAGAAUUUUGAAAAUUGAUGAAUUAGAAAACCUUUUCAUGACUGCCGCUCCUAAAUUCGAACAAACUGAAGAUUUCCCUGAUCGUAAAUUACAAAUUGGUUUAGUUGGUUAUCCAAAUGUUGGUAAAUCUUCUACAAUUAAUGCAUUAAUUGGCUCUAAAAAAGUCUCCGUUUCUGCAACUCCAGGUAAAACUAAGCAUUUCCAAACACUUCAUUUAUCUCCGGAUGUUUUAUUAUGUGAUUGUCCUGGUUUAGUUUUUCCUAACUUUGCUUAUACUAAUGGUGAAUUAGUUUGUAAUGGUGUUUUACCAAUUGAUCAAUUACGUGAGCAUAUCCCUCCUGUAUCACUUGUUACUCAGAGAAUUCCUAAAUAUUACCUUGAAGCCCUUUAUGGUAUUCACAUUCCAAUUCAAAAAGUAGAAGAUGGUGGUAAUGGUAUAUAUCCAAAUGCAAGAGAAUUAUUAAAUGCUUAUGCUAGAGCAAGAGGGUAUAUGACUCAAGGUUUUGGUAGUGCCGAUGAACCAAGAGCCUCAAGAUACAUUUUGAAAGAUUAUGUGAAUGGUAAAUUACUCUUCAUCAAUCCUCCUCCAAAAAAGAUAAGUGAAAAUGAAUGGGAUUUACCUUCUAUUGAAGAAGCAAGAGAAUUCAACCAUGGUAUUUAUACUUUAGAAAGUUUACCUGAAACCAGACAACAACAAAUUAAAACUGCAUUAUCUGCCAAAAGUUUACAAAUUGAUGAAUUUGACUUGGCAAAUGACUUAUCGAAAUUAAAUUUCUCAAUGCAUAUUGGUGAUCAAUCGUCCGGUCAAAGUAAAAGUGAAAAUGCUGAUAGUUCCUCAAGUGGUGCUAAAACAUUGUUUUAUGGUGGGAAGCAAGCUGCUUUAGAAAGUGCCGGUGACGACUUGGAUAAAGAAUUCUUCAAAAUGAAUAAUGUAAAGGGUAAUAUGAGUACUCCUUUCCAUAAAGUGCAAGCUGGUUCAGAUAAUGGUAAGAAACAUUCAAAGAAAAAUAAAAAGUCUGCCAAAAAGAAUAGAGUCGUGGGAUAUUAAUUUCAUUUCGAUUAUUCUUAGGCAUCAUACUUCUCUCGUUGUAACAUAGUUUGGUUUGUAUUUAUAGAAUAAGCAAAGAAU